GGAACGCAACCAUCAGAAACUCCUUCAUUUCAUUUCAGGCUGACCAGUUUCUGCCAAACUGUUUGGACUCUCUGCUUUGAAAUCCAUCUACAGCCUAAUAAAUACAAUAGUACCUGCAGAAUGAUGCAAGGACAGAAACACAACAUGCAAUCCUUCCUCCUUAUGUAUGUGCUGACUUUAUUGACAUUGCAUGCAUCCGAUGGACAGCAGUUAACAGACGAGACCUGUACUGUCCAGAUUCUUGUCCCAGGACUCAAAGGAGAACCAGGAGAGAAAGGACCAAAGGGAUCCCCCGGGAGACCAGGGAGAGUUGGCCCUCCAGGGGAAAUUGGGCAACCUGGGCUUCAAGGACAGAAAGGCAUUAUGGGACGUUACGGAAAGGUGGGCCCAAGUGGAAUAAAAGAUUCGUUGUGCCGUAAGAGUCUCCAGUUUUCACCAGGAAUAUUUUCCCCAGGUGAAAAAGGAGACAUGGGGGAUCCAGGACCAAAAGGCCCAGAUGGAGAGCCAGGCGUCCCAUGUGAGUGCUCACCUAUAAGAAAGAUGAUUGGGGAAAUGGACAACAUUGUGGCCCAGCUAUCUUCUGAAUUGAAGUUCAUCAAAAAUGCACUGCCCUCCCCUGCAGCUGUCGCUGGCAUAAAAGAGAGAGACAGUAAAGUCUAUCUGUUGGUGAAGGAAGAGAAACGAUACACCGAUGCCGAGCUCUACUGCCAGGCGAGGGGAGGGCACCUGGCCAUGCCCAAGGAUGAAGGAGCCAACUCAGCCCUGGCGGGGUACAUUACAGAGGCGGGCCUGGGCAGAGUCUACAUUGGCAUUCACGACCUGGACGUGGAAGGAGUUUUCAUCCAUGUGGAUCGCUCUCCCAUGUCCACAUUCAGCAGAUGGAGAAACGGGGAGCCCAAUAAUGCUUACGAUGACGAGGACUGUGUUGAGAUGGUGGCCUCGGGCGAGUGGACCGACGUAUCCUGCCACCCGACCAUGUAUUUUGUUUGUGAAUUUGACAAGGACUCUGUAUGAGUUCAGGCUGUAUUGGCUAAAAUGGACAUGACCAAGUUUUCAAUGGCAGACUGAUGCAACAGUCCAAUCACUUUGUAAUAAGGACGUCCAUUUAGAUGCCUGUUCUUUAAACAAAUGAUUAGUUCGUUAACAACCUUCAUGUUACUGAUUAAGUCUAUAAGAUUAGAUAACAGUGAAUGUGAGCGACUGCUUGUCAUUUUCCUAUAGACAUAGUAGAAAACAAAAAAAAAUGUCUGUUCCAGGGUCAAGCUGUCACCAUUGGAAAUACAUGUAUUAACUGUACAACAAGAUGUUAACAGAUAAUCAGCUGCCUAUUAAAAUGUAACAAUAAACCAUGUUUUACUGUUAACAGGUACUUAUCAAGCUUCUUAGAAUUACUCCUAAGAAGUCUGCUAAGAGUUGACUUAAGAGUAAAUACAUUCUUCGCUGAAAGCUGCACUUAAAAGUUAGUUAUCAAGCGUCUUACUCACACUUUCAGCGAAGUGUAGGACUGAAUCUUAAGUGUCACACUCAGAGCUGAAUUACGACAUUACUAUGUGCCGUAAACGGAAUUUUAGGUGACGUCAUUUCUGUGUCCAUAGAAAUGACCAAUCACGGAAGGGAAUCCGUUGUCUAAGAAUAAAGAAAUAUCUUGGAAAUAUUUAAGUGGACAAUGGGAGUGUAUAUUUUGACAAUACACUACAAAAUAAUACAAAACAAACUAGUCCCCGGCGGCACUCACGCUACCGCUCCCUCUCUUCUCUCGCCCACACACUCACUGACGUCACUCACCUCACGGCCACACACAUACGCUACUCUCAUAACAUUUUCUUUCCAAUUCAUUAAUUAGGCAACUAAUUUGAAACUUGUGUGGGUGGCUCUAUAUAUACUAGCCCACUGCAGCCACAUGCAGAAAUCAACAAGGAAUCGAAAAGUAUUAAAUCUGUGACAAAAAUAAUACCCGCUCUGUCUAAACGAUACCGUUUGAUCAGCUCCUCGUCAACAAAUCCAGGACAUCGUUCCGCUCCCUGAACGUUCGCGCACGUCUCUCUCGCCUCAGUGCCAUCCCCUGCUGGCAACUCCUAACCACUUAAAACACCUCUGAAGGUCUCUUAAAUAUCGUGGAGCGUAGGAGUGAUUCUUAGACUUAAGAACGUUGAUAAAAAGCUUUUAUUCUUAAGUUUGAGAGUAGGACUAAAUUUCGCAAAUUCUCAGGACUUAAGUGUAAAAUGGCACUCUAAGAAGCUUGAUAAGUACGGCCCCAGAUCUACUUUUGGUUUCUGUCUACGACGCUAAGCCUUCCGGGUAUUGUAUUAUAUAAACAAUUACUUACUAAUUUACAUAUUUAAGCUUUACUGAUCCGGGGUAACAACGGAUUGUCUUUUGCAAUGCGGACUGAGCGAGGAGGCAUCAUUUACAUGUUACAGAUGUUAACAUGUGAUAAUAAUCUCUCAUUGUCUUUCAUUUAUCAACAAAAAAUACUGCUAUAGAUCGCUCUCAACAGUUCUAAACAUGGGGGGUAUGUUUUGGAACAAAAAUUAAUGUUUGGACUAACACUUUUUUGUACAGUGUAAAACAUACACAGAUAAUGUCUUGUGGAUGAGUAAUUUGACAAUGAGCUCUGAGUAAGGGCUUUUACUGCCAUUUUAGAUCUGCGGUAUAAAACAAGUAAAACAUCAAUAGCGCAUUUGUUCUCCAAUGUUGAGGUGAAGGCUACAAGAACACUUAAAACAUUGAUAACAAAUUAAUAAAAUCACUUUCAUUCAAUGUUUUUUUUUGUUAAAAUAAGCCUCAAAACAUAAAAACUUUUGCCGCAACUUUUUGAAAAAAAGAGCCGCAAAUUCUGGCAAUUUAGGCCGCGGCAAUCACAAAAAAAGGCUGCAAAAUCUUGGAGAGAAUGAUUAAAAUUAAGACCCUGGAAACAAUAAAACAGUCAACCGUAACUUGAAUAAUGAAUGAUGGUUAAAAAGUGACAAAGCUUAUUACAGUGACAAUGGACAAACAACA